UCACAUUGAGUGCACGUUCCAUAUGAAUAAUAUUUUAGUAUAAAAUGGGGUAUGAGGGUUUAUCUUAACACAGUUCAGCAUUUGUACUUAUCAAAGGAACAUACCCAAAUCUAUUUAACAUGGCAUUCAAACUCAUCGUCGUACUUGCUUUGGCUGCUGUUGCUAAUGCUGGUCAUCUAGCUGUUGCCCCAGCUUAUGCUCAUGGUGCCUACUCUGUAGCUGCUCCAGCCCAAGCAUACGUUAAGACUGUUGCUGCUGCCCCAGCAAUCCUGAAGACUGUUCAAUAUGAAGCUCCAGCCCAAUAUGACUUCUCCUAUGGAGUAAGUGAUCCACUUACCGGAGAUCAUAAGAGCCAAGCUGAAUCUCGUCAUGGAGACAAUGUUCAUGGAUCUUACAGCCUGAUCGAUUCUGAUGGAUUCAAACGUACUGUUGAAUAUACCGCUGAUGAACAUAAUGGAUUCAACGCAAUUGUCCAUCGUGAACCUUUGGCUCAUGCUGUUGCUGCUCCAGUCGCCAAGGUUGUUGCUCCAGUUGCCCAGUAUGCUCCUGCACAAUACGCUCCAGUUUCUAAAGUAGUUGCCGGUGCUCCAGUCCAUUAUGCAGCUGGUCCAGUUGGUUAUGCUACUCCAAUUGCAAAGGUAGCUGCUCCUCUGGUGGCUGCUGCUCACUAUGCCCCAUCCGUCGUUGCUAGUGCCGCGCACUAUGCGCCAGCUUCCUACACCUCAUAUGGCGCUCAUGCAGUUCACGCUUAUCAUCAUUAAAUGAAAGAUCUAGACGUUUUGAAUGUCCAUAGUUUUCUUUGAUAUGUAUUUAUUUCUGUAAAUGAAUAAAUUAUUCAUUUUAUGUUGUA